AUGGAGCAGAUCUGUUGCUCUGACACGGCUGCCUGGGUGAGAGCUGCUUCCUCAGCGCAUACAGACAUUGCAUGCCCCAACAGGGGCACGGUCCUGAUGGGAGGCACUGAAAAGAAGCAAGGGGAAGAUGGCAAACUGAGACAGCUGCACGGCGACGAGAACAGCGAGGUGUGGCGCAGCUUGGCGGCCCGCUGCCUGGCCGAGGAGGCCCUGCGCACUGACAUCCUCUGCAACGUGCCCACCUACAAGGGCAAGGUCCGUGCCUUCCACCACGCCUUCAGCACCAACGACUGCUCGCGGAACGUCUACAUCAAGAAGAACGGCUUCACGCUGCACCGCAACCCCAUCGCCCAGAGCACGGACGGGGCGCGGACCAAGAUCGGCUUCAGCGAGGGCCGGCACGCCUGGGAGGUGUGGUGGGAGGGCCCGCUGGGCACCGUGGCUGUCAUCGGCAUCGCCACGAAGCGGGCAGCCAUGCAGUGCCAGGGUUAUGUGGCCCUGCUGGGCAGUGACGACCAGAGUUGGGGCUGGAACCUGGUGGACAAUAACUUGCUGCAUAAUGGAGAGGUGAACGGCAGUUUCCCCCAGUGCAAUAAUGCACCCAAAUACCAGAUAGGUGAAAGGAUUCGAGUUAUCCUGGACAUGGAAGACAAAACAUUAGCAUUUGAGAGGGGCUAUGAGUUCUUGGGAGUUGCCUUCAGAGGACUGCCAAAAGUUUGCCUGUAUCCAGCAGUGUCUGCUGUCUAUGGUAACACAGAAGUGACUUUGGUCUACCUGGGAAAACCUCUGGAUGGAUGAUGUGGAUUUUGUUGGGACAUCGAAAUGUGGAUGAUUGGGAGGAGAAAUCUGCAUGUUGGUUAGAGGGAAAUGUGUAUUAGAGGAAAAAGAAAAAAGUGUGGGUGUGUGUCCAAGAACCAUCGAGGGAAUCACACGGAGUUUUGAAACAGAGGACCAGCCAUACUUCAGGAAUUGUGUUACAUUUCCUCUUCUACCAGGCCAGAAAAAUCCUCAGGGUUGCAGUUGGUUGAGUGGGAAGCUGACACAUGCAUGUUGCAACAGAUUUCAUUGCUAAGAUGGCAGUGUGUGACCUCAGAUAUUUAAGAAAGGAUUUGAUACAAAACUGCUUGAGGAAAUUAACCUGAGAUUUGUAAGUAGCGUGUUUUGUGAAAGACUCCCAUUUCAAAACUGCUUGUUCCUUCCCUUCCCUCCUUUGGGCCAACAUGGGUACCAGAGGAGAGCGAGUCUGGUUGGGUUUUAUUUACAAUUUUUAACAUACUGAGAAGCGUGGUCUGUCUGGACUGCCCUUCUCUAGUAUAAUGAUACAAAACGUGCAGCUAUUUUUCAGUGUAUUUUAAGGGUUGUAUAUAUAGAACACGUUGAAAAGAGCAGUUAAAGGAAAGGGUUUGCUUUAUUCUAACUGGGACAUAAUUUCUUAAAGGGAAACCCCUCCCCCCACUACGUGGCAUCAGAAAGUAUACCUCAGACAGGUAUAUAACAUUCAUGUAAAUGUACUUCUGUUGCGUUGUAAAGCAUUUUGGGAUGCUCUUGUGGAGUACGGUGCUACGUUGGGUCAUUUUCUGUGAAAGUUUCCAUAGUUUUAGCAACAGUUUUGUUCUCUGUAGGAAACACAAAAUGUUUUCCCCACAAGUUCCCUUUCACCAUAAUUUGCAGUCCCCUUUAGGAAAGGAAGCCACAACACAGCAGUGAGCUUAUCUUCCUUCUGACAUCAAAAACGCUGACUUUUAAAAGCAUUCUUACGCUUUCUAAUCACUGUGGUGAAAUGUUUCAAAUUAAUGAGGAAGGAGCCUUCAGUUUCUGAAUCUAGACCUUUUUUUUCAGCUUUAAUGGCUUUAUAAGGCUUUAAGACUUGGCUGAACCUUUAUUUCAUGAAAUAAAAUCCCCCAAUACCCAAGUAUUCACCUGUCUGUUUUCAGUCAGGAUGAGUAAAACUCUCACCACCCCUUUGAUGGGGGUUUUGGAUCAGGUUCAAUGUUUGGGCUUUUCACUUGCACCCGUUUUCUAAAAACCAUGUACAAACCCCCCUGGUGUGUUGGUGUGCUGGCAUAGGCAGGCUGGGGUGGCUGUGAAGCUGAGGGGUGUGGUAAGGAGGGACUUUCUAGCGAAACCGCUUUCCUCUGAGGGUGAAAGGUCUGUAGGGAGCCCCAGAAGGGCUUCUUUUAAUAGGGCAUUACAAUCUGCAAGCCCUGUGGCUGGCUCUUGUCUCUCGUUUCUUGUUGAUUGGUGUUUCCCAGAGGUGUCUGAACCAUUUCAGAGUUGGGCAUGCUUUUCAGAGAGGGAGGAGGAAAUGUUUAUACAACCUCUUUUUGCUUUAUUUGUGCUAGAGAAUGUGAAUUGCUUAAUAUUGGACACUGGCAAUGCUCUGAGCACAGAAGAGAGGGGAAUUCCUCUUGGGCUGUUGCUCAUUUCCCCCCUCCCCCAGUUACUGGAGUAAUGUAAGGAGAGCGGUGCAAGCAGGUGAGGCUCCUAGUUUGCUGCUGAUGAGCUAUUUCUGGAGUGCUUUUUACCUAGUAGAUAACCAAGUUCUGCACUGAAACAGAGUACAUCUGUCAUUACCAUUUAAAAGUCUUUUGAAGUAUUUAUUUGUUUUGUGUGUUUUUUAUUGCUUAAAGGCAAUAUCAAGGUCUGUUCCUCUUGGCUGCGUUAAAGAAACAAAAUAUGCAGCGAGAAACGAAGAUGUUUUAAGUGGUGCUGAGGACAACUGAAUAAAUUAUGUAGGAUGGGCAUACAAGUACAUUUUGGAAAAAUCUGUUACAAGCAUUGAUUGUACUAGACUGUAAAGUAUGUAUCUGCAUAGCAGAACCAUGGGGCAUGAAGUAGGGAAAA